AUAUGGCAAGAAUGAAGAAGGAUGGAGGAGAGCAGUGUGGGAGAAGAACAUGAAGAUGACUGAGCAGCACAAUCAGGAAUACAGCCAAGGGAACAACUUCACAAUGGCCAUGAGCACCUUUGGAGACAUGACCAGUGAAGAAUUCAGGCAGGUGGUGAAUGGCUUCCAAUACCAGAAGCACACGAAGGGGAAAGUGUUCCAGGAACCUCUGUUUCAUGAUAUCCCCAAAUCUGUGGAUUGGAGAGAGAAAGGCUAUGUGACUCCUGUGAAGGAUCAGUACAGCUGGGGCUCUGGAAGGACAGGUGUUUGGAAAACUGAGAAACUAGUUUUACUGAGUGUGCAGACCUGGUGGACUGCUCUAGGUUUCAAGGCAAUGUUGGCUGCAUUUUUGGAGAACCAUUAUUUUGCUUCCAGUAUGUUGCCGACAAUGGAGGCCUGGACUCUGAGGAAUCCUAUCCAUAUGAAAGAAAGCUCGGGAGACUGGAAAGUCCAAGGUCACAGAGGUGCAUCUGGUGAGAGCCUUCUUGCUGGUGGGGACUCUCUGCAGAGUCCCGAGGUGGCACAGUUGUACUCUUCAUCUUCCUUGUAUUCUGGGAAGCAUGAAGUGCAGUGUCGUCUUAUCGAAGGUGUUCUGCACAUGCUAAGUGGUGGGGACGAGGAUCACAAUGAAGACAACUGGCCCCAUGACAUGAGGAAUCAUCUGGCUGGAGAGGCCCAGAUGUAGCAGUUAUGGGAUGUUACUUCACCAAACAGGUGAUGUUUCACACCUCAGGGUAACAGAACAUUUUGCCUGUCAGUGCCUAGCCACUGUUUACAAUCAGAGCCAAAAAGGCUUCUCUGAAGCGGAAGAAACUUUUGGGAAACAUGGCCCCUGUAGGCAGACACUUCAUGUUAGAGACACAGCUGCUUGCCUUGGUUUAGGUUGCUACCAAAACUCCCUCCAUGUUGGUAAUCAAAGCAAAACAGACAUGGAGCCAGAGCCUGAAUCAGAUCAUAAAACAAACAAACUAAUUCACAAGAGUCUUAGCACUUCAGUGGUGUUGUUCCCACCCUCCUGUGGAAAGGUCUGGACAUUUUAACAUAAACUGGCUGUGGAGUAGGCAAGAGUGCUGGUUAGCUUUUCAUUGAUUGAUACGGCAUUGCUGACAUUUGACUACUUUUCACCUUCAAAAUAGCCAUUUCAAGUCAUUCAGUGUAAUACUAGGUUUAAGUUUCGUUUUACUCCAAAUGUGUCUAUAUGCA